CAGGCGCGCCGACCGGCGACCUGCUUUCUUGUCGCGCCCUGGAUUCCCGGGAAGGCCGGUUCGUCGGACGGUUCGCCUCGACAGAACCGAGGGGGGGAGGGGGUGGUAGUUGGAGCCUUGCGCAAAGUGCUCCCGGUCUCUUUCCUUUUGGCUGGAUGAGGACUCGUCUUUUCUCGCGCUGAGAACUGCAGAAAAUGAACGGCGUAGGAACCGUUUCCUCGCCCUCUUGGCAACUCACCUUCACACCCACCAGCCGCAGAUGCCCUCCCUUCUCCUCUUGUUUCCGUGACCGUUCUACCUGCAGUCUGCUUGUCUCCGAUCCUCCUUCACCCGGUGUCCACGUCCUCGGGAGCUCGCGCUCGCUGCACAAGGGGAAAGCGCGCUUCUUCGUUUUUUCGCACGACACCUCGACAAACCGUUCGGUGGCUCUGUCUUGACACAGAGCCUGUCUUCUCUUCUGCGAAAAUGUAGAACGCGCCUUGGAGAAAAAACUCACUUUCGCCGAAACAGACCUUCGUCGCGCCUUGUGCCGCGCCUUUCCACGUUUCUUUCCCCCUUUUUGACGGGAUACAGACCAAGCCGCCAACGCUCCUCGACUUGUCUGUUUUCUUCUUUGCCUGGACUAAACACCGAACGUCAAACACCAGCCAUUUAAGAAGUCGGCUUCAACAGUGUAAAUGCCGCCGUGCUAUGCCUCCUUCCCCGAAACUCUUGCACAACGCCGUCGCGCGCUGCUUCGAGGCGCCGCAGGAGGCUUCGCUUGUUUGCUCGUCCUGGCGUGGUUUAUGGAACGCCGCUUUCUUGCUCCAACAGCCCCUUUCUUCUGCGCGGAAUCUCUGUCGCUUCUCACCGCGAAACAUACACACAGAUCUCAACUUCCACUCCUUUUUUCCGUUCGCACGAGAGCGGAAGGGAAGCGAGAACGCAGGCCUUCGCGCCUGGAAAGCCGUCCUCUGCGUCUCUCCAGUUUGCUUUUACGGCCCAAAAGACCUGGUAUUUCUCCUUUUUCUCCCACAACGCCGCCGCUGCCACACCUAGGGCGUUUUUCCUCUCUCCCAAGGCUGCUUCCUCAACCGCAUCAACAUCGUGUCUUUUCCUCUCCGUUCCUUCUCGACUGGCCAGCUGACGGAGAGGCGGACCGCCAGAAUCGUGCCAGCGGGGUUUUGCUUCUUCAUGGAAACUUGGAUUUCUUCGGAAAAACAGACAGCGCGUCCUGCCGUCUUCUCAGAAAGUCCAUCCUACCUCUGCAGGAUUUCAGCUCUCUUUGAGUAGUCGAGUUGGGUGCUGGGUCUCUGUGUUCCUCAUCGUCUUCAUCUUUCCGUUUUCUCGUUUCCCGCCCGCUCCUGUCCCCUGUAAAACAGCCGGCCAGGUGCUCUUCCACCUGUCUCCUGUUGUUGACUUCUGUGUCUCCUUCCUCUUUCUCUCCUGUCUCCUCUCUUCUCUCCAACGCCCUUCGCACCUCUGCCCCCUGCUCCAGACCUCUUCAGUCCGUCUCUCUCCUCGCCUUGUAAACAAGUCUUUUCCUCUUCUCUUUCCCCCCGCGUCCGGCGUUCUGUCUCCGUCCUCGCGCAUUUUCCUUCUGUCCGCUUCUCUGAGUUUCCCGCGACAUAGCAAGAAAAGUAGAGACGGCUCGUCCUGUUUUCCCCUCGUGUGUCUUCUUCCCCAUUUGCGUCUCUGCUUUCCUGACGCCGCGCUUCUCCUGUACGCCAGCGACUUUCGACCUGCUCAAAAAGCAAAUGCGGUCGCGUUCUCCGGACACCGUCACCGUUCGGACCCUCUGCCUUCUGCGGUGUGCGUCCACUGGAGCCGUGGCAGUCAGGAGAGAAGGAAGCAGGUCGUCUUUUUCUCGCUUCCCCGCUGUCUCCACACCCGCCGACCUCUGCUCCUCUUCUUGUGCAUUUCGUGUUUUUUCGUUUCUCUCUUUUGGCGGAGAGGGGUGUGGCGGUUGAUUUCGUUUUCUGUUUCUUCCUGUCUUUCUCGCCUCCCCUCUCCUUUUUUUCCUGUCUCGCUCUUCGCUGUCCUCUCUUCUCCCCUUGGGCGUCUCUGUCGCUUCCGCCUUUGACUCCGCUAAUGGUUUUCUGUUUGUUUGUUCAACUCUGGUCUUCCUGAGACUUCGCGCUCGACUUUUUUCUCGUCUCUCGGGUAUUCUGUUCUCCUGUCUCCGAGCUUUCUUCUCUUCGUCUUUCCCUCUCUUCUCUUCUGCCGCCUGUUUCUCGCUGCGAGAUCGAACGCCCUGCGAAGGAAGGCGGUUUGCGGCCUCGCGUUCCUUUCUCGCCUCUGGCGCCUCUUCUGUUCCGCUUCCGCGCCUUUGGGCUUCUCUCUCGCCCUCUGUGGUCGUCCUGCGAGGCCUCGCUUCCCCCUUCUCUCCACUCCGCCGGCCGUCUCAAUCCGAGUGUCUGGAGUGUGCAGUAUGAACCAGCUGCAUGAGAAUGGUCUGCCCGGUCUACCUUCCGCGUCUGCCGCGCCGGUAGGCUCUUCCUCCGCUGGAAACCCAGCUGGAAAGUCCGAGUUUCUGGGAGUGCCGAAGUCGAUUCAACAGACCGGAGAUGUCCCACCGCCGCGGUUCGGCCACACUUGCACAUGUGUGGGGAACCACAAAGUCGUCGUCUUCGGAGGCGCCGUCGGCUCUGCGGGAGGAUACUCCAUCACAAACGAAAGCUACUUGUUCGACAUCACUGGAUGCAGAUGGCAUCACUUAUUCGCUGAAAAUCCACCUCCGCCUCGAGCUGCACAUGCGGCGUGCUGCGUAGAUACACUCCAGCUGGUCGUCUUCGGCGGCGCCACCGGCGGAGGGAGCUUGAGCGCGGAAGAGCUGUAUCUGCUGGAUCUCCGAAAGGAUCCAGAGCUGCAGUGGAUGCCAGUGCCGCUUCAAGGCAUCACGCCGGGGCGGCGGUACGGACACUCGAUGGUCUACAACAAACCAAACAUCAUCGUCUUCGGCGGCAACGAUGGAGAAAGACCGCUCGCGGAUGUCUGGUUCAUGGAUGUCGAGAAAUCUCCUUUUCGCUGGGAGGAAGUGGUUUUCGAGGCUCAGGCACGACGCCCCCCUCCCAGAGUUUACCACGCAACUGAGGUGUGUCGAGAAGGACCUGCGAGUGGAAUGAUGGUCGUAUUUGGCGGCCGCAGUACGAGCAGCAGAAGUUUAAACGACACCUGGGGUCUGCGCCAGCAUCGCGAUGGUCGAUGGGAUUGGAUUGCUGCGCCAUCGAAGAAACAGCAAGCGCCAGAGCCGCGGUUUCAACACUCGAUGGUCUUCAUCGGAUCUAAGAUGCUCGUCGUCGGCGGGAGAACAGACAAUGACAGCACAAAGCCGCUGUCGACGGCUGUCUACGACACAGAAACUGUCGAGUGGAGAUUCAUCGCGUCCGUUGGCAGGUUCCGGCACAGUUCCUGGACGCUGCGCUCGAGCAUCUACACGUUCGGCGGCUUCUCACACAUCACGCAGCAACACCCGACGGCAGACUUGACUCUCCUUGACUGCUGCUUGAUCCCGAAUUUUUACAAUGAACGCGAAAGGGAAGAUCUUAGACGCAAACAGGCUCUGCAGCAAGAGCAGCAGAUGGCCGUCGCCAGCGCAGUGUCCGCGAUUCAAGCUCCGCCAGCGCCUGCUGCUCCUCCUGCUGCUCCUGCCUCUGCUUCUUCUCCUCCUUCCUCUGCUCUUCCUGCGCCUUCUUCUGCAGCUCUUCUUGCUGUGCGCGGCCUACCAGGGCAAAAUGGGAGAGACGAAAAGCCAAGGACUUCUCUGCCUCAGACCCAGGGGGCGUCGCCGCCGACACAGCAGGGACAAAUGCCUGCGCAGCAGUCCUCGCAGGGUGGGUCGGCGCCUCUGAGGCCUUCCUGGACUUUUGCUCAGAGGAGUCAGACCAGACAACUCGCAGACAUAAAACUCGCUUCUCACGUCUCGGUCGUUCAUGAGACUGGCGAAGAUUUCUCCUCUCUCGUUCGUCGGAUUUCGAUCGACCGUCUCGAGGAAGAGGGGAAGAAAAUAAACAAAGAAGCUUCUCUGCAGGAGCCUCUUCCUACCGCCUCGGAGUCGAAGCGCGACAUGUUUGCAGACAGAAUUCUCAAGCUUCUUCUCCGACCUCUGAUCACUCAGCAAGAAGUCUACGCCACUUUCAACACAGACGCUCCCUUCGCGAUCUCCUGGAACGAUGUAACAUAUCUGUGCGAUGUAGUGCUGGACAUCGUGAAGAACGACGACAUGGUCUUGCAUCUCCGCGCUCCAAUCAAAGUCUACGGGGAUAUUCACGGCCAGUACUACGACUUGAUGCGACUGUUCCACUUGUACAAAAUGCCUGUCGAAGAAGAAAGAAGCGACGAAUUCGCUGGAACCUCUGGCGGACAACAUGGCGCUGCGACGACGAGCGCCGUCGGAGACAUCGACACAAACGACUACCUGUUUCUUGGAGACUACGUCGACCGAGGCCUCAACAGCCUGGAAACCAUCUGUCUCCUCUUCGCCCUCAAAGUAAAGUAUCCACGUCAGAUUCACCUGCUGCGCGGGAAUCACGAAGAUCCGGCGAUCAAUUCUUUGUACGGAUUUCAAGACGAGUGCAAACGGCGUUUGCGCGAAGACCCUUUCGAUCCGAGUAGCUGCUGGAGGAAGUUCAACUUGGUUUUCGAGUACUUGCCCGUCGCGGCCAUCAUCGACGAUUCAAUUCUCUGCAUUCACGGCGGAAUUGGCGGAAGCAUUUCUUCGGUCGAGGAGCUGGCGGCUUUUCAGCGGCCUCUCAAAGUCGCGCAGGUCCCGCAAAAUGUCUACGAACAGAGAGUCACCGAUCUGCUCUGGUCAGAUCCGACAGACAACGACAGCAUGCUGGGUGUCGUGCGAAACGACAUCCGCGACCCUGACGGUUCCGGGAGAAUUUACAAAUUCGGUCCCGACCGAGUGCAUCGAUUUCUCGCGGAAAACGACCUUCAACUCAUCAUCAGAGCACAUGAGUGCGUGAUGGACGGCUUUGAGCGAUUUGCGGGAGGCAAGCUGAUUACUCUUUUCUCUGCGACGAACUAUUGCAACCACCAUCAGAACGCGGGGGCGCUUCUCUUCAUUCGGCGAGACAUGACGAUCAUCCCCAAGUUGAUUUAUCCUGCAAAUGCGCCUUCCCAGUACAACUCCUGGGAUUCGCGCAUGGCGGAACUUCGUCCUCCGACGCCGCCUCGCGCUGCACCGCGCAUGCGAGAGACAGACUUUGGUGCGGGGGGGUGAUUUCUCCGACUCUAUCUCCUGCAUUUUCUCUUUCUUGUUUCUCUUUCGCGUCCCUCUCGGCUCGAAGGAGAGAAAAGUUUGCUGGAAUGCGGAACGCAUCUUGCGUUCGAUCGCAAUCUUCCUUCUUCACGGUUGUCUCUUUUUCCACUGAACCCGCAUCCGCGCAUUUACUAUACGUGUCUAUAUUUCUGUAUAUGUUCCGCAUAUGUCUGUCUGUCACUCUAUAUACAAGAUAUAGAUGCAUAUAGAUAUAUCUGGAUACAUUUGGAUAUAUAUGGGCAUAUAUAUAUAUAUACAUAUAUGUAUAUGUACAUCUUUCUGUGUGGGAUCUGUUAGCGCAUGCGUGAGGGGAGGCCUCGAUGAAAGUUGGCUGCUUUCGCAGAAACUGCUCUUUGUGAAUUUCGUUGAAUUAGGGACAUCGAAGAGCGGUUCGUCUCUCGCAUGUGUGCGCCACUCUGCGUUGAGAAAACGCAGGCGCCGGCUUCUUCCAAAGCGAAGACAGAGGCAGUGCGUUG